AUAAAAAAUUAAGUUACUAUAUUGAUUGCAAAAUUGAUUACACUUACUCCCCCUUCAAGGUUUUGCUUUCCAGUACCAAGUUCUCUCACUUUCUCUAUCAGUCUUCUCACAUAUACAACAAUGGCGGAACCUAAAGUCAAAUACGAUCGACAGCUCAGGAUAUGGGGUGAGCAAGGACAAGCUGCGCUGGAGAAAGCCAGUAUCUGCUUACUUAACUGUGGUCCGACUGGUUCCGAAACGUUGAAAAAUCUUGUUCUUGGUGGGGUUGGAAGUAUCACUGUUGUUGAUGGUUCCAAGGUUGAAGUGGGUGAUCUUGGAAAUAAUUUCAUGGUUGAUGAAUCAAGUGUUGGCGAAUCAAAGGCAAAGUGUGUGUGCACAUUUCUUCAAGAGUUAAAUGAUGCUGUUAAAGCCAAGUUUAUAGAAGAUUGCCCUGAGGAACUAAUUGAGACAAAUCCAUCAUUCUUUUCUCAGUUUACCUUGGUCAUAGCUACACAGCUGGUGGAAGAUUCCAUGGUGAAAUUGGACAGAAUCUGUCGGGAGGCAAAUAUUAUUUUAAUAUUUGCACGUUCCUAUGGUCUCAUGGGUCUUGUCCGGAUCAGUGUGAAGGAGCAUACAGUAAUUGAAUCGAAGCCUGAUCAUUUUCUAGAUGAUCUUCGGCUUAAUAACCCAUGGCCAGAACUUACGAGGUUCACAGAAACGAUUGAUUUGAACACAACUGAUGCUGUUGUACAAAAACACACACCAUAUAUUGUUAUCCUUGUUAAGAUAGCAGAGGAAUGGGCAAAUACUCAUGGUGGAAAUCUUCCUUCAACCAGGGAAGAGAAAAGGCAAUUCAAGGAUUUAAUUAAGUCCAAGAUGAUCACAGCAGACGAAGAGAACUAUAAAGAAGCCAUGGAAGCUUCAUACAAGGUCUUUUCUCCACGAGGCAUUGGUGUAAGCUUACAGAAGAUUAUUGAUGACAGCUGUACAGAAGUUGAUUCAAGUUCGUCUGAUUUUUGGGUGAUGGUAGCAGCACUGAAGGAGUUCAUAGCUAAUGAAGGUGGUGGCGAGACACCUCUUGAGGGGUCGAUACCAGAUAUGACAUCAUCAACUGAGUUGUAUGUAAACUUGCAAAAAACCUACCAAGCCAAAGCCGAGGCUGAUUUUCUUGUUAUGGAGCAAAGAGUCAGGAAUUUACUUAAAAAAAUCGGUAGGGAUCCAGCCAGCAUCUCCAAGGCAAACAUAAAGAACUUCUCAAAAAAUGCAAGGAAGCUUGCUGUUUGCAGAUAUCGCCUCAUUGAGGAGGAGUUCAACUCUCCUGUCCAAUCAGAGUUACAGAAGUAUCUGACAGAUGAGGGUCAUGGGUAUGUAAUUGCUUACUGUAGGACUUUGCAAGAAGCCAACUCUGUUAAAGUACUUCCUGAAAAUACUGCUGCGGGUCUUUAUAUUCUUCUUCGAGCAGCUGACCGGUUUGCUGUAAACUAUAAUAAAUUUCCUAGUGAAUUUGACAGUGAGAUGGAUGAGGAUAUAUCCCGGUUAAAAACUACGGCUGUUAGCCUACUCAAUGACCUUGGUUGCAAUAGCUCCACUGUAUCAGAGGACCUUAUUAAUGAGAUGUGCCGGUAUGGUGCUUCUGAGCUUCAUGUCGUGUCUGCCUUUGUCGGAGGAGUUGCAUCACAAGAAGUGAUCAAGCUCAUCACGAGACAAUUCAUUCCCAUGUCCGGGACAUUCAUCUUUAAUGGGAUUGAUAACAAUUCCCAGCUGUUGUUGCUAUAGUCUUCGAAUUUACAGGCAUGUCCUUUCUCUCACCUUUAGGCUGCGGUUUUAGAUCUCAGUCUGUGUUUUUUCACAGCUCCAACUUUGCAAGUGAAAAGCAAAGUUGCCAUACUUAUUUGAUUAGCAGUAAAUUUAGGAUCAAUGAAAGAGGUUUAACAAGAAAGUACUAUUUCUAGUUUUGCACACAAACAAUAUUAUUUUUAAGGGAGGAAAAAUGUUACUUUCAGUUGUAAGUAAAGAGUUUAACUUCGAUACACUAAUACGUUGUUGAUUGGGGGUUGUCUCAUUUCGACCCACUAAAGAAACCUGAGUCUACAGAGUUGGUUAUUUCGCCCCGACUUUCCCUUUCUUCAUUUUCUUGGUUGAUUAUUCCCAAGGGAGGAGGAAUCUCAGUAAGUACCAUAUAUCUUGGCAAUCCUUGGUAUAGCUGAAUAUGAUUUCGUGCUUAACACGGUAAACAAACAAAUAGGUGGUCUUUCCAGUUAAGGUUAAACGAAAGCUCUCCCUCUCACAUCUCGGUCACUUUUACCUUUCCGUUUAUUUGUAAUUAAAAAAUAAUAGAAAACCUUGACAGCUAUAUCAGUUACAGACUUACAGUAAUUGUCAAUGCUGUGUUUAAAUGUAUGUUACAAUGAUUUAUACUGAAAUGAUAAUGCAUAUUGAGUUAA